AUGGCCGAGUUCCAGAAGGAGUCGCUCACGCUCGAGGAGACGAACCGCGUGCGCGUCUCGCUGGGAUUGAAGCCGCUGACGGACGAGCGCGGUGCAGACGCUGCAUCCGUCGCGCCCGCGCCGGUCGAGGCGCCGCCCGACGAUGUGCGGGCGCGCCUCGCGCAGGCGCAGGACCGGCGCGAGCUUGCGCGCCAACUGCGUGGGCCGACCCUGGGCGAUGACACGAACGACAGGGCGGAGAGUGCGCGCGACUGGGUGCGAAGUGCGCCGCGGCGCGCACAAGCGCGGGCCGCGCAGCGCGCGCGCGAGGAGGCCGACGCUGCGGCAGCGCCGCGCGAGUACGGUGCAUCUGAGCUUGCGGGUCUGCGCGUCGCCCAUGAUAUGGACGAGUUCGGGCCGGGCACAGCCGAGCGCGUGCUGACGUUGCGCGAUGCAGAUGUACUCGCCGACGCGGAAGACGAGCUGGUCGAAUCGUCGCUCGAUGCGGUGGCGCGUGAUCGCGCUGCCCAGGCGCGGCAGCAGGCGCCGCGCGCGUACACGGGUCUAGACGACGAAGAGAUCGCUACAGGCAGGCGCGCUGGCGUGCUGAGCCAGUACGACGAGGACCACACCGGCCCUGCCGGGGCCGCAGGCUUUCGUCUCGGUGACACGGCGUCGGUCGAUGCGAUGGAUGCGCGCGCACAUGCUCGCGCUGAGACCGAGCGGCAUGCGGCUGCGCGUGAGCAGCAGCGGGUGGACCUCUCGUACGAGAAGAAUGUGCCGGCGGCCGACUAUGAGGUGUCGUUUAAGAAAAAGUCGAAGAAGAAGAAGCGCUCGACGCGCGUGCACAUCGAUGCCGAUGAGGCGGCGCAUGGCGAUGAGGCGGCGGUGCCCAUGGCCGAGGAUCCAGCGCCGCGCACGCGCGCCAAGGCCGAGACACUCAUUGACGAUGAUGAGCUUGCUGCGAGUCUCGCUCGCGCUCGGCGGCAGCAUGCCAAGGCACACAUGGCUAAGGUGACGCCUGAGGCAUUGGCCCAGUCGUUGGCCUCGCAGCCUGCCGCACCAGAUACCCAGCCGGACGAUGGCCUAACGUUGGAUGCUACGUCGGAGUUUGUGCGGCAGAUUGUGGAGCGCCCACCGGAGACACGCGCCACAGCCACGGUGCCUGCGGACGAGGCGCCUGCCGUGGAGGCGCCGGAGGCGCCGGCCCAGGAGGCGCUGGACGAGGCGCUGGCCGAAGAGGCACCGGACGAGGCCCCGGCCCCGGAGGCACCGGACGAGGCGCCUGUCCUCGAGGCCGCGGACGGAGCGCCCACGGCCGCCUCCGAGGCACAGGCUGCCGCCCCGGCCGAGGGCGGGGGCUUGGCGUCGACACUGCAGUGGCUGCGCAGCCAGGGCGUGCUGGAGCACGUAUCCGACGAGCAGCGCAAGCUGGAGCGCACGCAGCUGCAGCACGAUGCGUGGCUGCAGGAGCGGCGUCGCGAGGAUCGCGCGCGGGCGCACAUGGGCGCCCGCGAGGCGGCCGAAUUCGACCGCGAUGCGCGUGCGCGCGAGCGUCGUGAGGCCGAGGCGGCGAUGGAGAGGUUCCGGGACUACAAGCCGGACAUCAAGCUCGAGUACCAUGACGAGUAUGGGCGCACCCUAUCGACCAAGGAGGCGUGGAAGCAGCUCUCGCACACGUUCCAUGGGAAUGCUCCCGGGGCCAAGGCGCAGGAGAAGCGCCUGCGCCGCAUUGCCGAGGAGCAGCGCCGCGAACGCAUGUUGGCCGGCGAUACGAGUGCGAUGACGCGUGCGUUCCAAGAGCGCUCCGAGCGCACCGGUCAAGCCCACAUGGUGCUGAGCGUGGGGCAGCGCGACCAUGCGCCGCAGGACAUUGAUCUGGGCGCACCGACGCUCGCGAAGCCUGCGCCGACGCGGCGCAAGGCGCCGUCCGCCGAGGCGGCCAGGGGCGAGGCGCCUGCGCCGCCUGCCGCCGCGCCCGAGGCACCGCUGCCUGCGCCGGCCGAUGCGCCGCCUGUGCCUGUCGAUGCGCCUGCGCCGCCGCCUGCGCCUGCGCCGCCGCCUGCGCCUGCGCCGCCGCCUGCGCCUGCGCCCGAGAUGCGGCCGGCCUUUAAGCCAGCGAUGAAGCCGGCGUUUGCCCCUGUGAGCGCUGCGCCUGCGCCGGCCGCCGACUCGCCCUCCGAGGCGCCCCGUGGCAAGAUCCGCAUAGCCCUAGGGAAGCGUAAAGCGGCGUCAUAG